AUGGCUUCCGGACCAUUCACUUUUGUGACCGCCGAUGUUUUUACCUCAGAGAAAUAUCGUGGUCACCAGCUAGCUAUUGUAAGCACCAGGAAUGACGCCCUACCGCGGGAAAGAAAACAGCAAAUCGCAAGGGAGUUCAAUCUAGCGGAGACGGCCUUCCUGCAUGAUACAGAACCGGGUGCCUCGCGAAGGUUGGAUAUCUACAGUCGGAACGAAGAACUGAGUUUCGACGGUCAGGCGGUGAUCGGGGCCGCCCAUUACAUCUUUCGGGAAUUGGAUCAUGAACACCACAUUGCCAACGAGGAAGGGCCUUGGACCUCGACGUUACUAACGAAAGCGGGUCGCAUUCCGAUUUUUUUCGACCCUCGUCGACAGGUUGCAGCAGCAGAGGUGCCGCAUGGUGUCCACAUCCAUCAAAGGGAGACACCGUCAGACAACGUUCUGGCGGUCCAACCAAACCUUCGGAAAAACAGAGAUGUCGCCGAAAUGGAAGGUUCCUUUCCGCUGGUUUCGUUUGUCAAGGGCCUGGCUUUCACCCUCGUCGACUUCACAAACAAGCCCUCUUUACUGAAGAGCUUGAAGGUGGGCGACGCGCCGGAGGCCUACCUGGAUGAUGGUUGGGGAUCCUCAUAUCGCGGCUGUGUCUAUUACGUGCAGCUUGACCCCGAUUCAAGAGAAGAGCCUCACAUCAACCGAAUACGCGUUCGAAUGAUUGCAGAUGGUGCUGAAGAUCCAGCAUCCGGUGCUGCGUGUAGCACUAUCGCCUGUUAUAUGGCUCUGCACAAGGGCGGCAAAGGAUCCAGACACAUCUUUGCUUUCGAACAAGGCGUCGAAAUGGGCCGACCAAGCCAGAUCUGCGUUGAAGUUGUACUGAAUGAGAACGGAGACAAAGUAGCGUCUGUGACACUAUCCGGAAAAGCAGUCUUUGUUACCGAGGGCAAAUUACUUCGAUCAAUCUUGUAG